AUGGCCAGCCAGAGGCGCCAGAGCACCGUGAGCAGCAUGCUGGACCACAGGGUGAGACUGGGCCCUGCAGCGCCCCAUAGCCCGGAACCUGAGAGUGAGGAGGCAGAGUUGCCCCUGGAAGAGUAUGUGCCCACAGGCCUGGAGCUGGCUGCUCUGAGGCCUGAGAGCCCCCCACCUGCAGAGCAGGAGUGUACCGACCACAGCCCCGAUGGGGAUUCCAGCUCUGACUAUGUCAACAACACCUCUGAGGAGGAGGACUAUGAUGAAGGCCUACCAGAGGAGGAGGAGGGCAUCACCUACUACAUUCGCUACUGCCCUGAGGAUGACAGCUACCUGGAGGGCAUGGACUGUAAUGGGGAGGAGUACCUGGCUCAUGGUAGUCCCCAUGUGGAGACUGACGAAUGCCAGGAGGCAGUGGAGGAGUGGACGGACUCGGCUGGCCCACAUCCCCUUGGCCCUGGGGCCGAAGGCAGCCAGAACUACCAGGACGGCCACCUCCCUAUCCCGGAGCAUGAAGCCUUCACUCUGGAGACCCAUGACCAGGAGGACGGCGUCCACUACUGUCCUGGUGAAGAGGGAUACCAGGAAUACUACCCAGCAGAGGCCAAUGGGAAUGCAGGCGUGGCCUCCUCCUACAGCUUAAGGCGGGGGGAUGGGGACCUGGAGGACCAGGAGGAGGACAUCGACCAGAUUGUGGCUGAAAUCAAGAUGAGCUUGAGUAUGACCAGCAUCACCAGUGCUGGUGAGGCCAGCCCUGAGCAUACACACUUGCAGGGGCCUGAGCCGGGGCCUGGGGACUCCACAGAAGCCUGUCUGCCAGGCGAGGGUAACCGUAGCCCCAGCAGACACGAGGGCCGGCCCAAAUCACUGAACCUCCAUGUGGAAGCCAAGCACCCUGGAGACCCCCAGAGAGUCUUCAAGACCAAGACCAGGACCCCAGAGGAAAGGCCAAAGUGGCCCCAAGAGCAGGUCUGCAAUGGUUUGGAACAGCCGAGGAAGCAGCAGCGCUCUGAUCUCAAUGGACCUGUUGACAACAACAACAUUCCAGAGCAAACAAAGAAGGUGGCAUCAUUUCCAAGUUUUGUGGCUGUUCCAGGACCCUGUGAGCCUGAGGACCUCAUCGAUGGGAUCAUCUUUGCUGCCAACUACCUGGGAUCUACCCAGCUGCUAUCAGAGCGGAACCCAUCCAAGAACAUAAGGAUGAUGCAGGCACAAGAGGCUGUCAGCCGUGUUAAGAGGAUGCAGAAGGCUGCUAAAAUCAAGAAGAAAGCGAAUUCUGAGGGGGAUGCCCAGACGCUGACUGAAGUGGACCUCUUCAUCUCCACUCAGAGGAUCAAGGUUCUAAAUGCAGACACACAGGAAACAAUGAUGGACCAUGCCUUGCGCACCAUUUCCUACAUUGCUGACAUCGGAAACAUCGUGGUGUUGAUGGCUAGGCGUCGCAUGCCCCGGUCAGCAUCACAGGAUUGCAUCGAGACCACACCUGGGGCCCAGGAGGGGAAGAAGCAGUACAAGAUGAUCUGCCAUGUGUUUGAGUCAGAGGACGCCCAGCUUAUCGCCCAGUCCAUUGGGCAGGCCUUCAGCGUGGCCUACCAGGAGUUCCUGCGUGCCAAUGGCAUCAACCCUGAAGACCUGAGCCAGAAAGAGUACAGUGACAUAAUCAACACCCAGGAGAUGUACAACGACGACCUCAUCCACUUCUCAAACUCAGAGAACUGCAAGGAGCUGCUGCUGGAGAAGCAUAAGGGUGAGAUCCUGGGUGUGGUGGUUGUGGAGUCAGGUUGGGGCUCUAUCCUGCCCACGGUGAUCUUGGCAAACAUGAUGAAUGGCGGCCCAGCUGCCCGCUCAGGGAAGCUGAGCAUCGGGGACCAGAUCAUGUCCAUCAAUGGCACCAGCCUGGUAGGGCUGCCCCUCGCCACCUGCCAGGGCAUCAUCAAGGGCCUGAAGAAUCAGACACAGGUGAAGCUCAACAUUGUCAGCUGCCCUCCAGUCACCACAGUCCUCAUCAAGAGGCCAGACCUCAAGUACCAGCUGGGCUUCAGUGUGCAGAACGGAAUUAUUUGCAGCCUUAUGAGAGGGGGCAUCGCAGAGCGAGGUGGCGUCCGCGUUGGCCACCGCAUCAUCGAGAUCAAUGGACAGAGUGUCGUGGCCACAGCCCAUGAGAAGAUAGUCCAAGCCCUGUCCAACUCUGUCGGAGAGAUCCACAUGAAGACGAUGCCUGCCGCCAUGUUCCGGCUCCUCACAGGCCAGGAGACCCCACUCUACAUCUAGGCUGCACCUCA